AAAGGAUAUUUAUAUUGUUUGUAUUUUCAGGUUUACUUCUAUUUUCCACUUCAAAUCCAGUCGCCUCUUGGAUGAUGUCCCCACAUUUACCAAAAGCACCUGUAAGAAAGAGGCAAGCAAGCUCCGGAGAUAGUGAUUCUGAAGAAGAAAAGUCGCGCCUAAGGUCUGUAGCUGUUGAUGGUGUACAGAUAAUGAAGGAAAGUCAUUUAUUAAUGUCAGACCAGAAAGACUCACAGCUGAACUCAAGUAAAACGGCAUCAGAUUCUGAAGAUAAACCCAAAGGUACUAAAGAUAUUCCUGGACCAAUAAAACGAAAAAAGAAAAAGAAGAAAAAGAAACUUGAUGAUAAUGAUGAAUGCAUCGAAGCCCCCUCACAUCCCCACUCAAGUUUUGACAGCGCUGAAGAAAAAAAUAAUAAUUCCAUAAUCACAAUUGAAAUAAUAGAGGUGGAUGAACAAAUAAAAAAAUAUAAAAAGAAGAAAAAAGGAAGAGAUAAAAAUCAUGAGAAUGCAAGUAACUUAUUGGAAGAAUAUGAUGACCCAGAAACAUCGAAAAUAAGUACUAGUAUUUCAGAGUUAAAUGAUAUUGGAGACAAGUCUAAUAAAGAUAUUGAACAAGCUACAACGCCAACUAAGAAAAAGAAGAAAAAGAAAAAAGAAAAAUGAUUAUUUAUUUUGUAUACAGUGAUGCAAAAUGCAAGAAUUUUAAGUUAAAAAACUAAGAUUAUGAGAAAAAAAAAAUAAACAAAACACAUACACAGGAAAAUAUUAUUUCAUGGCUGAAGUUCUUGUGAUUAAUCUGUGCAAGCUAUGUCUCAAUUAGUUGUGAAUAAGUGACUAAACAAAAAACAUGUCCUCUGGAUAUGACAUUAAGCUUGUGGUCAGGUGGAUAUAGUGGGUGUUUUCACAUGAAAUGAACACAAUACAUAUUUCUAUUUUCUGCUGGUCAUUAUUACAUUUCUUCGAACAAUAACAGUUCUUUUCUAUGUACAUGGUGUACCGCAAGCAUUAGUAUAUAAUUUAUUCUACUAAUUCAAUCACUAUGUCAUCAUUUCUCCUGUGGCCUGUGUAUGUAUUUCUAAUAUUUUACUCCAGAACCACAUCUCAAAUGCAUUUAUCCUGUUUAUUUCUUAAUAUAUUUUUAUUAUCCAUGCUUUACAGCCAUACAGUAGAACACUCCUUACCAAUAAUUUUAACCAUUUACUUUCUUGUUUUGACAAUUGCUUUGCUUGUCAAGAAUUUCUUGCUCAAAGAUUUCCCUUUUUGCCAUUUAUGUUCCCACAGACUGUCAGUAGUUUAAUUGAUAUUUCAUUUAGAUUAGGCUGCAGUGGAGUUUGAGGUUAGCACCAAUACUCGCCUUGGAAUCUCAGGAUCCUGGGUUCAAUCCUUUGAUUGACAAUUAUUUCUCUUGACAAAAAAAAACAA